UCUAUAGCUGAUUCCGAUUCACGUGAUUACGUCACUCGGGCCAAGCGAAGCGAGCGGAGGGAGAUGUACGAGAUUCGUACUGUGUUAAAAUUAAUACGUCAUCUCUUAUUCUAAAGUGAUAUCUGUAAAUUAAUUCGCGGUGUCGCUCAGAAAUUUAUUAUAAAACUGCAUAAUGCCGGCGGCGCGAGGCGUUAAACGUGCUGCGUCCAAAUCGUCCGCCGCUACGGCGUCAACAGCGGCUAAAAACAAGAAAAAACGUGGAGCGAUCCAAUGGGAGAUCCCAUCGGCUCCGAAGAAGAGGGGUCGCGUGCUAGCAUGUGGACAGGGCGACGUGGGCCAGUUGGGGCUCGGAGAAGACGUUGUCGAGACCUCCAAAUUCAAGUAUGUGACCGCACUGGGUGACAAAAUAGUGGAUGUGUAUGCCGGUGGCAUGCAUACUAUAGCUCUUGAUAGCAGCGGGAAGGUAUGGACGUUCGGUUGUAAUGACGAGGGCGCCCUGGGCCGCGCGACGUCUGGCGAGAGCGAGGAGGGCACGCCGGGCGCGGUCCGGCUGCCGGCGCCCGCCGUCGCCAUCGCCGCCGGGGACUCGCACUCCGCCGCGCUGCUCAACUCCGGAGACGUUUAUGCUUGGGGUGCUUUCAGGGACUCGCACGGCAGUAUGGGCCUGGUGGUCCGCGGCCGUGAAGGCAAGUCGUGUCGCGAGCCGGUACACGUCGACAUCGGAGAGACCGCCGUCGCCAUCGCGUCCGGUGGAGACCAUCUCGUUAUACUAUCGGCUUCAGGCGGUGUGUACACAAUGGGCUGCGGAGAGCAGGGACAGCUCGGCAGACUGUCGCAGCGCUCCGCUUCCAGAGACGCCAGGCAGGGAUUCAGUGCCCUGCUGGUUCCAUCGAAGGUGACGCUGAAAGCGGGCGGCGCGCGGAUCUGGGCGGGGUACCACGCCACCUUCGUACUCGACAACAACGACAAGAUGCUCGCCUGGGGACUCAACAACUAUGGACAACUUGGUAUAACAGGCGAGAAGCGUAAGACGGCGAUAUUCUCCCCGACGGAGUGCGACGCGUUCACGUCGCAGCAAUGUGGCUGGGUCCGUGUGGCUUGUGGGCAACAUCACUCGCUCGCACUCGACAACAACGGACAGGUCUACGCCAUCGGACGGUGCGAGUACGGCAGACUGGGUCUCGGUGACCGCGCGGGUGACGCGGAGGUACUGGAACCGAUCCCUGCGCUGCAAAACAAGAAGGUCAUCAGCAUAGCCGCCGGGACCAGCAACUCGUUCGCCGUCACAGACUCCGGUAGCGUAGUGUCAUGGGGCAUGGGUUCGGAAGGCCAGCUGGGUACGGGCGCGUGUAACGACGCGGCCGAGCCCACGGCCGCCGUCACGCCCGCGCUGGCAGACCGCACCCCGCUACAUGUCUCCGCCGGGGGACAACAUACCGUGUUGCUUGUUGAGGACCCAACCGCCCAAAAGGAAGCGUCCCCUCCGCCAGAGAGUGAGACUUCAGAACAGAAGGGAGACUCCCAGUCCGCUGAGUCAGAGGAGGAGGAGCCCCGACCUGCCAAGCGGCCGAAGAAUGAACAGGAGGGAGAGAUCUCUUCCACCUCCAGCGCACAACCCAGCGAUGUAGGGGAGGAGGCUAAACCACAGGGUAAAAAGCGUGGCCCCCAGCCAGGGUCGUCUGCCGGCAGCACCAAGAGUUCCCGGAAAAAGAAGGUGAAUGGUGAUGAAAAGAAAGAAACGCCAAUGGAAGUUGAUGAAACUGACACCCCACAACAAAAGGAGGAAGACGCAGAAACAGAAACAAAGUCAGCAGACGAACAAACAGACACGGAGCAGACCGAACCAGAGAACACACAGACGGAGGACUCCAAGCCGGAGACCACGGACACCUCGAGCCAGGAGACCACCGACAGCGACACCAAGUCCCAGGAGCCAGACAAAACUGACGUAGAAAUGAGCGAAGAACGUACUGAAGUCAACGGCACGCCAGAGGUCGCCGAGCCCAAGACUGUCGACGUCAUACCCACAGCCAACCCUCUCACCACAACGGCGUGAUGGUCACUGUGUUAGCAUCUGGACAGCACAUAGUUGGUUUAAACGUUCAGGUUUUUGUUUGGCAGGCGGUUACGUUAUACAUAUCUUACGUAAGGACUGUUCACUCAUUUCACAAUUCUACACAUCACUUUAGCCAAACACAAUAUUAAAUUAGUUUUAAAAGUAAAUGUUAUUCUAAAUAAACCGCCUCGUUGACGCAUUUUUUUAGUCUAAAACUUUAUAUUAGAUUUGAUAUUAGCGCCUUCAGGAAUCGUUCGUGCCUUUCCUUUAUUGAGGACUACACGGAUAGGCUAAACAUUUGACGCUUUUUUUAAAAAAGAAUGUUUAAAACUGGAGAAAUAUGUCUCGCCGGUAGAUUGGUAUGUCUUCCUGAAGUCAAAUUCCACCAAUUGACUGGACAAUCUCUACUUUACAUGUGAAUAGUUUAUUCAAUCAUCAACUCUAACUAUAUAGAAAUAACAUUACAAAUGAGUUAUUGUAUUUCAGAGAUUAGUCUCCAAUUAAUCCAGUCACCGUCGAGACAUAAACAGCUUUGUUUCAUCAACAAUGAAUCGUAAAUCCCUAGUUUUAAAGUAUAUUUUCAUACAAUUCAGUCUUUGUCUGUCUAAAUGAACCCUGACGUAUAAAUUGACUAAGUACCAUGUGGUACUUUGAGCUAUCGGGCGGUACGAAGUCUAGUACUGAAAUAAAUGUAUUGUUGUACAAUACUGAUGAUUUUUUUACAAAAAUAUAUUCGAAGUUGACUUAUGUAGGUAAGUAUGUUCUCUGUACUGGUUCGCGAAUGCUAAAUGUGGUGAUUGGAAUUGCAUUUGGUAUUAUAAAUAUCGGUCCUAAAUGUGGGAUCAUCCUGUUAGGUUGUGGAUGGCAGAUGGCAGUCGCUCCGAGUCGCUAAAUCCGAUAAAAACUAUCUUAAAGUAUAUUUUAUAUAAGAUAUAGAUUUCUAAUCGCUUGAUUCUGAUGAUAAAGUUUCAUAAAAUUAAUAUCAAAUGUUCUUCAAUACACACGGAGAAGCGUUUGUGAAUCAGUACGUGACUCCGGUCGCAUGUAAUGUAAUUAACGAUAAACUGACUUGUCUACCUAUCCAAGCUCCAUGCAAGCGCGAAGGUUGUGUUAUUAAUAAUUUAAUAUUAUGUUUGACCUUGAAAUAAAGCUAAAAAUUAAUUCAAAUUCAUUCUUUUCUUCAUUCUCCUAUUCUCCUUGUAUUUAAUACACUUUAUGAGUGAAUAAUUCAAUUUAAUAUAUAAUUAUAAUAUAAUAAUUUAGUUGAAUAUUUGUAUUAUAUUAUUUAGUUGCUAUAUUGUCGUUAAAUACAUUACAUUCGUGGUUCCACGUUAGUUGUCAAUGUGUUAGUUACUCCCGUUUGUUGUACAAUUAAAAUAUAUAAGACUGCGCGAUUUGAAACGGCGCGGUAUAGUUUCAAUAGAUACAUAAUUACAUAGGGUUACGGUUAUAAAUGUUCAGUGUUCACAUUAGAUACAAAUAAGUAUAUUGUAGUUACAUAGACCAAGUAGGAGUGGAAAUAUUAGCCAAUUGGAACAUAAAACAAGUUUUGCUUCUCCUCGGGUCAUCUAUCGUGGCGUUUCGAAUUGUUAGCAAAGGCACACAAUGUUUAUCAACUUCGAAUAUUAAAAAGUCCCGUUCCGAGGCUAAUGCGCCGAUAUUUUUUUAUAAAAAAUGUUGAUACAUUGCCGUUUUGUUCGUAAUAGUUAUAUUAGAGCGAUGAUUUAUUAGGUAUACAGUGGGAUAUGUUUUUAUUUAGGGUAUAGGCGAUACCGAUAUUAUUGUAUAAGCGUAAAUAUUCAAUUACAUUAAAAUGUGUUUGUAAUGUUGCUCUCGAAUCAAGUUCGUUGGCAAAAUGUGGCAAUAUGUAUUAAAAAUGAAGCAUAAUUUUAUUUAUUGCUAUGGAGAUAGAAAUUAUAGCUUAAUUUAAGUUUAAUGUAUGGUUGCACUAAAGGUUUUGAAGUACUAGUAGGGUAAUAUUGCGAACAAACGCGGCGCAGAUAUCUUCAGAGCGCGUCGAGCCUCGGGCGUGACAUGUAAAAUAGUAUCUUUAGCGAUUCGCGUCGCAUAUAGUGUUGAGGUUGCUAGAAAAUAAUUGAUAUAAAUAAUUAAGCUAAGGUAAUUAUCAAAUGUUGUAACGUGUCCUUGACUGGUACAAAAAUAACAAUAUUUCGGAAAAUAGAUAAGUAUUGUAGUAAAAAAUUGAAAUCAUUAAGUAAACGUUAUGUUGAAAAAGUUUUUUUUUAUUAUUUUAUAGUAACGUUUUUCGUGCAUGAUUCUAAAAGUACAAAUGUACUGGUUCUUUCACACGACGCUAUAUUUCUUAAUUGUUAAAAUAAAGAUGAACUAUAAUGUAUUGUGUUUUCCUAAUAAAAUAGUAGUGUAA